AUGAAGCCGCCCGGUGCUCUCCUGCUUCUCCGAGCUGCCUUGCUCCUGAUCUCUGGCGGAGAUUGUAAAAUUUGCUCGUCUGUGGAGCACGAUGUCACCCUGUUCCUCACGGGCACCCCUGACGAGUAUGUCCAGCAGGUGGCCCAGUACCGAAACGAAACUAUAAUUUUGGAAAAUGCCAGAAGCCUGAAGGAGUGCGUGGACGGGAAAUUCACAGAAGAUGACAAGACAAAUGCUAUGAAUGUGCUGAAUAAAAUAUACUCCAGUCCUUUGUGUUAA